AUGCGGGCUGUCGAGCAGCCACAUCUAUGGCCAGCCUUCUCGUCCCUGCCCAUCGAGCUGUUUUUGAACGUUCUUGACCAACUUGUCGGGACCCGGGACGGACGCCAACCGAUUGCAUAUGCGCCUUCCGAUCCAAUCACAAAGGCACUGCGCGCCUUGACACUGGUCUCAAAAGGGCUUUAUCCUGCAACUUCCGGAUAUCUCUACACCCAUUGUCUCUAUUUACACACCUCCACAAAUUUUAGCCGCUUCCGGAGGACUCUCGGAUUCGACCGAGGAUACGGGCGCCACCCCGAUGCUCUCCAGGAUGGCCAACCUAGCAGGCAUGAAAGGCUUUUUAUGGAUGCAAAUCUUCUUUCUCAUAUCACCUCACUGUUUAUAUCCCCGCAAAAGACGAACGAAUGUGGAUCCCCCAAGGUCUGGCUUUCGCAGGUGAUAGACCUUUGCAAUACUGUUGGACCUACCUUGAAGCGUCUUGCAAUGGACCUCGGACCGGUUUAUUCUCCUCGCUCCUCGGUGCAACGAAUCAACCCACAUGUACGGGCGAACAACAUCUUCUCCACGAUGCUCAACUUGGAAGAGUUAGUUUGCUCAUACGAGAUCACGGAAUACUUCCCAUACCCACCUCCAAAUCUCAAGCGGCUUGCCAUAACGUCUCAAAAGGCCGACAAGGCAUUCAUGAAGUUUUGUUUCUCAAUCCCAACCCUGGAGACUUUGUUUUUCCUUCGACAAUCCGAACUAGAGGCUUUUCAUAUACAGGCUUUGUUUGAUCACUUCAUUGGCCGCCAUUUGAACGUUGUGCUGAUCGACAUCUCCUCGAAUCACCAGACUCCAGAAAGUACCAGAGACUGGAUGCCUGAGGACCGUGUCGUGAUAUACGAGGCCGACGUGCCGAAGUCGUACUAUGGAGAUGAAGACGAUUUGGUGCUCUGUGAUGAUUGGGUGUGGACGAAUGCGGUGAACGGAACACUGUGGAAUCAAGAGCGCAGGAGAAUGCGAAGUUGGAGUGAGGUGAAGGCCAUUCUGGGGUCAUAA